AUGGGUGGUGCCGUGGAUUCGUCAGCAGCGAUGGACGCUGCAGCGCAGAUGCGCAAAGCUGCUCUUAAGGGCUCCUCUGGUAUGGCAGGGUUGGUUCAGAAUCGGAAGGUCUUCGGAAUCGCCUUGUUUGCAUGCCUGGGAGGCCUUCUGUACGGUUAUAAUCAGGGUGUCUUCUCUGGCGUCUUGACGAUGUAUUCGUUCGAAAAGCAUAUGGGCGACGCCGUUACCAAUCAGACGAAGAAAGGCUGGCUGACCGCUAUUCUCGAGCUUGGUGCUUGGUUCGGUGCAUUAUAUUCCGGUCUCCUAUGCGAAAGAAUCUCCCGCAAGUAUACCAUCCUGGCAAAUGUCGGCGUCUUCUGCAUUGGAGUCGUGAUCCAGACAACGGCGGCAACCAAGGGUGGGAAUUCAUCGCACAUCCUCGGUGGCCGUUUUAUCACUGGUAUGGGGGUAGGAAGUCUCUCCAUGAGUGUCCCCAUGUACAAUGCAGAGAUCGCGCCACCGGAAGUCAGAGGUUCUCUGGUCGCUCUGCAGCAACUUGCUAUCACAUUCGGAAUCAUGGUUUCUUUCUGGAUCAAUUACGGAACAAAUCAUAUUGGCGGCACGGGCCCUACUCAAAAAGAUGCGGCAUGGCUCCUUCCACUUGCCUUACAGCUGGUGCCGGCCGUUAUUCUCGGAGCAGGCAUGAUCUUCAUGCCAUUCUCGCCUCGUUGGCUCAUUCACCAUGACCGAGAAGAGGAAGCCAAAAAGGUCCUCACGAGUCUUCGCGGCCUGUCUGCCGACGAUCCACUUCUGCAACUUGAGUUCCUCGAGAUCAAAGCCCAGAGUCUUUUCGAGAAACGGACCGAGAAGGAGAAAUUUCCUCACCUCGAACGAACCAACACAUGGAGCUAUAUCAAGCUGGAGGCUGCGGGAUUCGCUAGCCUCUUCACUAGUUGGCCAAUGUUCAGACGUGUUAUGGUAGCUACAGUCACCAUGACUUUCCAGCAAUGGACAGGAAUCAACGCAGUGCUCUAUUACGCACCCUCGAUCUUCAACCAGUUGGGUAUGAGCAGCAACACCACCUCGCUCCUUGCCACCGGUGUAGUCGGUAUAGUUAUGUUCAUCGCAACGAUCCCGGCUGUUAUCUGGAUCGAUAACCUCGGACGCAAACCCGUCCUGGUUGUCGGCGCCAUCGGAAUGGCAGCCUGUCACUUCAUCAUCGCGGCUAUAUUCGGCCAGAACGAAAACCAAUGGGACACGCACAAAGCUGCCGGAUGGGCCGCCGUCUCUAUGGUGUGGUUGUUCGUCAUUCACUUCGGUUACUCAUGGGGACCAUGCGCCUGGAUCAUCAUCGCUGAGAUUUGGCCGCUCAGUGUUCGGGCAAAGGGCACCGCGCUGGGUGCUUCGGCAAACUGGAUGAACAACUUCAUCGUCGGACAGGUCACGCCCGACAUGCUCCAGAAUAUCAGAUACGGGACGUACAUAUUCUUCGGCAUAAUCACCUUCCUUGGGGCGGGGUUUAUUGCCUUCAUGGUCCCUGAGACAAAGCAGUUGUCUCUUGAGGAAAUGGAUGUUAUCUUCGGCUCUGAAGGCACUGCCAUCUCCGACUAUGAGCGUCAGGCUGAGAUCUCUCGGGAGAUUGGUCUCGAUGAGGCUCUGGCCCGGUUGACCAAUACUGCCCCGAUGGAGGUUCAUGACGUUGAAGCGAAGCAAAGUUGA